AUGAUUCUUCACGCUACAUUGACACUUUGCCUGUUUAUAAAUCUAUGUUCGGGGAUAGUUUUGACCAAAUGGGACUUUUUCUCAGAAAUAAGGAGCAUCAAGGGGGCAGAGAGCUCGAACAAGGUCACAUCCUCCAAAGCAUCGGAGGAAAAUGAUGCGAGCGCAGUAUCCUAUGAAUUGAAUCUCGGUUCUUAUUGGUUGGAAAAGGAGUGGGAAGAUGCUCAAGAACAAGAAUUUGAGGAACAGCACAAAUCACAAGGUCAAUUGAAUUGCGCAAUGAUACCCCCAGUUCUUGCAGAAAAAUACGAAUUUCUUCGAUAUGUUGAUGUAUUCUAUGGAACCGAAGGUGGAGGUCACAUGUUUCCUGGGGUUACGGUACCUUUUGGGAUGUGUAAAAUGGGCGUCGAUGUAAUCAAUUCCGGUUCCGAUGCGUAUUCUGGUUAUGAUCCCAACGGCGAGGUUUGUGGCGUAUCAAUGCUGCACGAAUCGGGUACUGGAGGAUCACCAACAUAUGGUGUUGUUUCUCAGUUGCCUAUGCUAGCUGAGGAUCUAUCGACUGUGGAUAUAAAAUCACAGAUUGCAUUCAAUCGAUCAAAGCCAGAUUUUGGUCACAUAGGAUACUAUCAAGUCAAUUUAUACACGGGUAUAAAGAUUGAAUUUUCGGCAAGUGCCAGAUCUGGCCUUUAUAGGUACACCUUUCCCGUGGAAUCUGGCUUAUCACCUGUCAUUAUGGUCAAUCUGACUCAGCACUUGCAUUCUUAUGGAAGGCCGUGGUGGACCCAAAACUUCGACGGAGGCUACAUCCAAGUAUCAAGCGAUAUGAAAUCAUACCAAGGAAAAGCAUACUUUUCUGGUGGUUGGAGCGACCCAGGCACUUGGAGCGUGAGCUUUUAUGGGGUUUUUGAUCAACCUGCUAAGACCAUUCGUGCAUUUCACGGUUCAGAGUCAUAUCCAGGUUUAAGACUCAACAUUGGAAAAUCGGUGAAUGUGAAUAUGGGUAUACUUUUCCAAUUUCGUAAAAAUGCUGGUGUCAUUAAGUCACAUGUAGGAGUCAGCUUUAGUCCGCACAAUGGUACAAUUGUAGCCAAGGAUAAUUUGCUUAAUGACUAUCCAUCUAAAGCUUUCUUUGAUUUCAAUAACAGUGUUUCAAAUGUCAUCAAACGGUGGGAUGAUGAGGUUUUCUCGAAAGUUGUAGUUAAUUCCGAAAUCGAAGAUCCCAUAAUCCUCGAAAAGUUCUACACAUCUUUAUACGGUGCACAUUUCAUGCCAACUGAUAAAUCAGGGAAGGAAGCUCCUUGGUCCACAGAAGAACCGUAUUAUGAUGAUUGGUUUACGUUGUGGGACACAUUUCGUUGUCUCCAUCCUCUCAUCAAUUUAUUCAACAAGAAGCGAGGAGCGGACAUGGUUCGCUCCCUAAUUGAAAUCUGGAGAAGAGAGGGAUUUAUGCCAGACGGAAGAUCGGCUGGCAGAUCAGGACGCACCCAGGGCGGGAGUAAUUCUGACAUUGUCCUUGCAGAUGCAUUUAUUAAAGGAAUUAAUUCUGGUAUUGACUGGGAAGACGGGUUGAAGGCAAUGCAAACCAAUGCAGAAGUUAUUCCUCCAUAUAUAAGGGACCCAAUAGCCCCAGACUCAACAAAUAAAUUUGGACGUGGUGCGCUCCAAGAUUGGUUGAAUUACGGUUAUAUUACGAGAGCGUUUUCACGGUCUGUCACUAGAACGAUGGAGUAUUCGUACAAUGAUUUUGCUCUACAUGUUGUAGCCAAAGGGUUAGGUCACGAUGCUCUGGCACAAAGAUACUUGAAAAGGUCAUCGAACUGGCAAAAAAUUUGGAAUUUCGAAGCAUUGUCAGACAAAUACAACUAUCGUGGAUUCGUGCAACCAAAAGACAAUAAGGGUAACUUCUAUACCGAGCAUUAUGAUCCUCUUUCAUGCUUUGGCUGCUAUUGGCAGGACGAUGAGUAUGAAGGGAAGCCAAUAGAAUAUGGCUGGGCUGUGCCACAUGAUAUACUAACAUUAAAAGCAUUCAUUGGGUCAGAUGAAAUUUUUGCGCAGAGAUUAGAUGACAUGUUUGGACUUUAUGGGGACGGAAUUGCGGAUAUAGGAAAUGAGCCGAGUUUUCUAACACCCUAUUUAUUCAAUUUUAUUAAUCGGCAGUUUCGCACAUCUGAGACCAUCGAUUAUCUAAUUGAGAAUAAAUUUCUAACUGGAGUGAAAGGAUUACCGGGGAAUUCAGAUGCAGGAGCAAUGCAAGCUUGGCUUUGGUUUGGUUUAACGGGUUUCUAUCCCAUUGCAGGGACGGACAUCUAUUUAAUAACAAGCCCAAAGAUAUCGUACUUGGAGUUGCGAUUUGAGAGCGGUAAAAUAACCAUCCAGGCAUACAACCUGUACAAACGCACAAACCCCUCUAACCCAUUUUCGAGAAAUGUAUACAUACGCGAACUAGUAGUCAAUGGAAAGCAACUGCCACGCAAUUGGCUCACACAUCAAGAAUUAUUUGAGGGUUUUAAUCGCUUAGAGUUUUUCAUGACAGACGUACCGACACCUUGGGAUGCGUAUGGUGAACUGCCUCCCAGCAGAGGACAUAUUAAUUAA